AAAGGUAGAUUCUGAGUGGGAUUAAAGCGAAAUCGCCCUGACCGAACAGAUUAUCCUCACAGAUUUCUUCCCGAUGACCAGUUAAGAACACAGGUUCGAGGAUAAGCAAUGGCAGAUUUGCAGGAAAGGAGUGAAUACUUGAAUGGAAGUAUGAACGAUUUUGUAACAGUAUCACACUAAUUUCUUUCAUUUUUCUAAUUUUAACAAUGCAAUAUUUAAUUCCCACUCCCCCGACAUGAUCACAUAUAGUGGGGUUCUUGAUGUUCUAUAGAAUAAAAAAAGACUUUCUCGUUCAGUUCCCACUUUUGCAGAAAAAUCGUUCUUAAUUUCCAUCCUAAUCUCCGAGAAUGGUUGGAAAGUGUUGAAAACGAGAUCUUCAUACUCCAUUUGAUUUGAAAUCGAUCGUUUUGACAGGGAUAUAGGUCUUGAAUCUCUGGAAAUGGGAUCCUUUUUGCUUGGUAUAACUUGAAAGUAGAUCUUGCAGACGGGGUAAAAGCUUAUAAUGCGUAGAGGGAAGAUUUGGAUUUUGGAGAGCAAGUCUCAAUGGCGGAGAAGCUUUGAAUUCUAGGAAGCGUUGUUUUCCACAGGGCCCUUUGUUCCUGGAAAGGGCCCUUGGAGUAUACAGAGCGAUGAAGAAGUUAUUUGGGAGCCCUGGUAGUACGAGUGGAUUUCUACUGAGAAUAGGACAGUGUUUGUUUGCUGGUGGAUCCAUUUGGGCGAUGGCGACUGCCUUGAAGUUUAAUAUCUAUACAGCUUACUGUUAUUUAGUUGUUUCAAUGGGGCUUCAAGUACUGUGGAGCUUGGGACUUGCAUGUCUUGAUCUUUAUGCUUUGAGGAUGAAGAGAAACCUUCAGAAUCCUCUCCUGCUGAGCCUGUUUGUGGUUGGUGACUGGGUGACAGCAACUCUAUCACUUGCAGCAGCAAGCUCAUCAGCGGGGGUGACAGUUCUGUAUGCAAGGGACUUGGAUUUCUGCAGGGUACAAGCUGAACUCCCCUGUAGCAGAUUUCAAAUCUCCGUAGCUCUGGCUUUUGUGACAUGGUUCCUCGUUGCCAUUUCUUAUAUCGUCAUGUUUUGGCUAGUGGCCUCUAUUUGAGAGAUGAGUAAUCUCUCUCAUUGUUCACAUUCUCAUACACACUGAAUGGAGUUUUCCAUGUGAAGUUUAUUAUUUCUGUAAAGUUCACUCUUUCGCAGCAAUUGUAUUGCUUCUAUAGCAUACAAUUGUUUCAAGUGGUGGUCAAAUUUCCUGCUUAA